CGCGGGCUUCCCCGCCCACAGCGGCCCUUGACCCGGAAGCUGUCCCGACAACAUGGCGGCGCCCUGGACGCGGCAGGAGCCGCAGGGCCCCCGCGGCGGGCCGCGUGAGUCGGUGGUCACUCAAUAAACAUGAGCUGGGUUCGAGCCAUCCCACAGAUCCGGGGCUGGCGAGGCAUUGUGGGGGCCGCCUUCUCCGGGGCCGCUUCCUCUCAGGUGCCCCGCCAACCCCUGCGUCACAUCCACCUGGGUGCUGCCGCCCCCGGUCCGGCCCCGACCCCCUCUUCCUCCUCCUCUUCCUCCCUGGUGCCGCGCCCCCCGGUGCCCCACGAGGAGCUGUUCGGCCCCGGGUCCGAGGCGGGCCCACAGGACAAGGCCCGCUUCGUGCAGGCGGUCAGGGCCUUCGGGCAGCGCAACGCGCACCGGCGCGGCCACGUGGACUUCAUCUACCUAGCGCUGCGCAAGAUGCGGGACUUCGGGCUGGAGCGGGACCGAGCCGCCUACCACCUGCUGCUCGACGUGUUCCCCAAGGACGUGUUCCGGGCCCGCAGCUUCCUGCAGCGCCUGUUCGUCCACUACCCGCGCCAGCAGGAGUGCGGCGUGGCCGUGCUGGAGCAGAUGGAGAACCACGGGGUGAUGCCCAACCGGGAGACGGAGUUCCUGCUGCUGCAGGUGUUCGGGAAACACAGCCACCCGAUGCGGAAGCUGCUGCGCAUGCGCCUCUGGUUCUCCCGCUUCCGGGCCGCGAACCCCUUCCCGCUGCCGCGGCCGCUGCCCCGGGACCCACUGCGGCUGGCGGGCCUGGGCCUGCGGCGCCUGGAGCCCGACCUGAGCGCGCGGAUCACCGUCUACCAGACUCCAGCGCCCCCGGACUCCACGGACUCCACGCUGUCCCCCGAGCCCGACAGGCCACACAUCGUGGGGAUCCAGAGCCCCGAGCAGCAGGAAGCCCUGGGCCGCCACGACCCCGCCCGGCCCGUCUUCGUGGAGGGGCCUUUCCCGCUGUGGCUGCGUGACCAGUGUGUCCACUACCACGUGCUCAGGGCCGACCCGCUGCCCCCCGAGUACAGGGUGGCCGAGGAGACCCCUGAGGAGAGGAACCUCUAUUACCCGAUGCAGCUGGACCUGGAAUAUGGUCGCGGCCCCUGGGACGACUAUGAGUUUGACAUCGAUGAAGUGGCAGAAGGGCCCGUGUUCGCCAUGUGCAUAGCGGGCGCCCGGGACCAGGCCACGCUGGCCAGGUGGGUCCAGGGCCUGCAGGAGACCAACCCCACGCUGGCCGGCAUCCCCGUGCUCUUCCGACUGGCCUCCUCCACCAGGGAGCCCCUGGACUCUUCCUCGGAACUGGCCGAGCAGCCCCCGCCGUCCCCGCCGCCCCCCGAGGGCCGGGAGGAGCAGGAGGACAACAGGCGCCAGCAGCAGGGCCAGGGCUGAGCCCCGGGCGGGCUGGGACUGGAGGGUCCAGCAAAUAAACUCGUCCCCACUGGGGGCCGCCCCCCUC